AUGCGGCUCGUCCUCCUCGCCGUCUUUGCCUAUGCUGUGACCCUAGUCAGCUCUUAUGGGGUCGCCGGUACUUACGAAAGAGUACUUUUCUGGCAUGCCUUUGAGAUUGACAUCGAGAUCCACGGAGGUCGACCCAGAACUAUCGGGACCGGUUGUGCUUCGGCGAUGCGGGUGGCCCGGUGCAAUUUCAAUCAAUUCAUAACAUGUAUCGACGAGAACAGAAGUCCGCCAAUCACCCGGGACGUGAAGGGAAUGCAAGUCGAUGAAAUGUCCGACCUGUUGUAUAGAAACGGUAACUCGGGUACAUAUAUCAUGAAGAACGUUGUGGAUGGGAUCCCGGAAGCUCCGGGACAGUUUCCCAAAUUGAUAGACCAGGUUUCGAAGUUCAUCCGAGACAACAGAGCCCAGAUCGAGAGUACGAGUCCUCAGCGAUUGAAGUAUGCCCGGUCGGCGAUGCGGCGGGCUCACUUCGUGCGUGCUGCCUCAUACUCAGAUAGUUCAAAGGUCUUAUUGCAGAAGAAUCUUGGAGUGACAGCAGAAAUGAAGAAAAAGAUCAUGGGUGGUAGGCAGCAAACCGAGUAUUGGUUCGUCGACUGGGAGGCCACGGCACGAAAAUACCCCGACAAGGAGGUGGACCAAUUUCGCCGAGAUAUUGAAAAGCAUUAUGAUAUCAAGCACUGGAGAAACGUUGCGGCGUUAACAGAAGCUUUGAGCCGCGUUGGGGGAUGUAAAACAUAGGGUUGAGCCAGAGGUUGCAAUUUGAG